CAAGGAUUCAGGGCUGUGAAAGAAGGUGUGGAGGUGUGUGGGACUCGAUCGAGACUCAUUCGGGGCAAACUGUAUAUGAAACUGAAAAUUCUGAAUUAGGAAGUAGAGCCCUGAUAGAUUAGAGCCAAACCUUAUAUCACGACGAAAAAAUGGAACCGUACGACGUUAUUGUGAAUCAGCCCGUGGUUAUCGAUAACGGUUCUGGCGUGAUAAAAGCAGGAUUCGCGGGCGAUCAAAUACCAAAAUGUAGAUUUCCUAAUUACAUCGGCAGGCCGAAGCAUGUGCGUGUCAUGGCCGGUGCUUUGGAAGGAGACCUGUUUGUUGGUCCAAUAGCGGAAGAACAUCGUGGUCUCCUCUCUCUUCGUUAUCCCAUGGAGCACGGCAUAGUUACAGACUGGAAUGACAUGGAAAGAAUCUGGAACUACGUUUACGGCAAAGACCAACUUGCAACUUUUUGCGAGGAACAUCCUGUUUUACUAACAGAAGCACCUCUCAAUCCAAGAAAGAACAGAGAAAAAGCGGCUGAAAUAUUCUUCGAAUCUUUGAACGUACCUGCACUCUUUGUUUCCAUGCAAGCUGUUCUUAGUCUAUACGCUACAGGUAGAACAACGGGAGUAGUUCUCGACUCAGGUGACGGUGUUACGCACGCAGUACCAAUUUACGAGGGAUUCGCCAUGCCUCACAGUAUUAUGAGGGUGGACAUCGCGGGUCGUGAUGUCACGAGAUAUUUAAGGUUGUUACUACGCAAAGAGGGUAUCAACUUCAAAACGACUGCCGAAUUUGAGAUCGUGAGGACGAUUAAAGAAAGAUCCUGCUAUCUCGCUAGCAAUCCACAAAAAGAGGAAACUAUUGACACGGACAAGUUUCAAUAUACGUUACCCGAUGGCAGUUGUCUUGAGAUCGGCCCGGCGAGAUUCCGAGCUCCCGAAGUUCUCUUUAGACCCGAUCUCAUUGGCGAGGAAUGUGAGGGACUGCACGAGGUACUUAUGUACUCGAUCCAAAAAUCGGAUUUGGAUUUGAGGAAAGUGCUUUUCCAGAACAUCGUGUUGUCCGGUGGCUCUACGUUGUUCCGAGGCUUUGGCGAUAGGCUGCUCUCUGAAAUUUGUAAAAUGUUAGCAAAGGAUAUAAAGAUAAGGAUAUCAGCGCCACAAGAACGACUCUACAGCACUUGGAUCGGUGGUUCGAUCCUCGCUUCGUUAGAUACGUUCAAAAAGAUGUGGGUCAGCAAACGAGAAUACGACGAGGACGGUACCAGAGCGAUACAUCGCAAAACUUUCUGAACAAAAUACUAAUAUAUCGCCAAAAAAUUGAAAUAUAACGCAUAACUUUUAUCAAGAACCGAAAGAAUAAUGCUCGGCACAACACUCGCACUUAAUCGUGUUUAACUAUACACACAUGAAGACUCAAACACACAGACAUACACAAAAAAAACAAAGAAACACAAAGCUUUUUUCGCCCCAACGAAAAAUUUUUACAAAUGAUUUUCCGUGCGUUCGAAUAAUUCCGAGGGAUCGUGAAUACAUAAUAGAACACCGACGAAUACUUUGUAAUAUUUUUGGUUCUUUAUUUUGAACUGAAAAAAUCACCCACUAAACUGACUAGUGCAGCUCUGAUCCCUUGAAAAUAUUUUUCAGUGAUUUUUAAGAUUAUUUAGACAUAUUACGGCAUAGUGCGAUAAUUAAUUUAAUUUACAAACUGAACUGUCUAUUUAUGUUCUUUUUUUGUACUUUUUAAUCUGUAACAGCGUAUUGUCUAGUUUGAAUGAAAAACAAAUUGCAUCCCUUUGGAAUAUGAAACAAAAUAUGUUAAAAUGUUUCUUUACGCGUUAAUUAAAUUUGCAGCAGACACGGAAUUGUAGGGCAACCCUUCCAGUGCAGUAUAUAGUAAUUUUGCAAAGUAUUUGUAAAUAUGUAUGCUUUCGUAAAAAUAAAUCAUCGCAAUUCUGAUAGUUA